GGCUAAUCGUCACAUGACUUUCGGGAGACAAAAACAGGAAGAGUUUGCUCUGUCGAUGCGAUAAAUAUACGGAGUAUAAAUGUAUAUUAUGUGAAUUAAAGACGUUAUAUAUUCUUAGAGUUAAUUGUACUUAAACCUUUCAUUCCGGUUUUACGUCUUUCAACCAUUGUACACACUGGCAUGCGUUGCUCUAGUCCAGAGGAACUACUUGAGAUUUUGUUGAAUUUGCGAAAGUCUGGUUCCUGCAAUAAGGUGGGAGAUCAUCAUGGGUUCUGCGGUGGAGAGAACCGAUGAACAUGUGAGGGAAUAUUUGAUAUAUCGUGGCUUCACCAACACUCUGAAACACCUGGACAGCGAGAUAAAAGCUGACAAGGAGAAAGGCUUCAGGGUGGACAAGAUCAUUGAUCAGCUGCUUCAGUUUAUCCACAGUUUUGAACUGUCUGGCCUGAAGGACUACUGGCUCUACUUAGACCGACGCCUUUUCUGCAGAUUGGAGGAUGUUUACCGAGCCACUGUGAACAAACUAAGAGCAAGUCUGUAUAGAUACUAUGUCAUCAACACCAUCCAGAAAGGAAACUUGGAGAAGACUCAGGAGUUUUUCCAGAAGCAGGCUAUGGAGCUGCAGGGUCAAUCUGAGUGGCGUGAUUGGUUCAUCUUGCCAUUUAUUCCCGCGCCUGAACAGAACCCGGCGUUCGCUCCAUAUUUCUCCCGCCAGUGGUCGGACACCUUCCUGGUUUCACUGCACAACUUCCUUUCUGUGCUCUUCCAGUGUAUGCCCCAACCAGUGUUGCUGAGUUUCGAUGCAGAGGUCCAGAAGACAACAAGCCUCUCUGAGGAGAAUGAGCAGCUUCGACAUCUGGUCUUUGCCUUGCAAACAGAAAGUCGAGACCAGAGAGAUGGAGACGAGGUGGUCCAUCAUAAACUUCCGCUGUAUGUCCAGAACAUGGACCGACUGGGAGAUACUGAGCUUGACUUAGUGUCAAGCCAGCGGGCUGUCAGUGUUACCACCACACCAUCCAGGAACUUCUUCUCAACAUUCCUACCACAAGGUCGGCGCGCCCCUGGAGCAAAAACGCAGCAGGUAACUUUGGUAUCUUCACCAAGCCAGGCAGCCGUCGGUAGAAAGGACCAACCAUCAAUUCAGUCUUCAAAAUCUAGGGAUGCAGUCCAAGUGAAAGAAGCGAAACAAGCAUCCAGUCAACCAUCAAUCAGUGAACCAUCAAGUUUUCAAUCCCAACAUUUAAGCCAGCAGACAAACCAGCCAACACAUUCACGGCAUAAAAAAAUCCAAACUCAUGAAAAAGAGCGGAAGGAGCUUUUCUCAAAAUCAUUAUCACAGUUUCAAGAGAAAAAGGGGGAGGUAGGACAGGUGGAGCCUCUAAAUGAGACAUCUGCCGAUGCUCCUGACUCCUCAAGCAGCAGAAGCGAAGGAAGAGCACUAGAAGGUGUUGCAGUAUCUGUAGAGCAGCCAUUUAUCAAACUCAGCCAGGAGGAAUAUGGAGAACAUCAUUCCUCCAUCAUGCACUGCAGGGUCGAUUGCUCUGGUCGCAGAGUUGCCAGUUUGGAUAUCGAUGGCGUUAUUAAGGUGUGGUCAUUCAAUCCCAUCAUGCAGACCAAAGCCACCAUCAUGUCCAAGUCUCCUCUGCUGUCCCUUGAGUGGGCAACAAAACCUGACAGACUGUUGUUACUAGGUAGUGGCGUUGGAACAGUACGGCUCUAUGAUACGGAAGCGAAGAAGAAUCUAUAUGAGAUGAACAUUGAUGAAACUCAUCCACGUAUCUUGUCAUUGGCCUGCAGUCCCAGUGGUUCAUCCUUUGUUUGUUCAGCUGCAGCUGUCAACAGGAGUGGACUUGCUGAGCCUGCUCAUCGUCUCCCCAUGCAAGUGUCCGGACAGUUACUGCUUUGGGACACCAAGACAGUGAAACAACAGCUCCAGUUCUCUUUAGAACCUGACCCAGUGGCCAUUAACUGUACAGCCUUCAAUCACAAUGGAAAUUUGUUGGUAACCGGAGCUGCAGAUGGAGUCAUCAGACUCUUUGACAUGCAGCAGUAUGAGAGCGCUAUGAGCUGGAGGGCACAUGAUGGGGAGGUUUACAGUGUUGAGUUCAGCUACGAUGAAAACACCGUCUUUAGCGUCGGGGAAGAUGGCAAGUUCAUCCAGUGGAACAUCCAUCGGUGUGGAGUAAAGCAAUCAGAGCAAGUUUUACCUCAGGAGGCCACUGGGCCAUUUGUCCUGGCCGGGUUCAGCGGAUAUAAACAGGUGCAGGUUCCCCGAGGUCGCCUCUUCACCUUUGACUCAGAAGGACAACAUGUCCUGACUUGUUCAAGCUCUGGAGGAAUCAUUUACAAGCUGACUAAUGGAGAACCUGCCCUGGAAAGUUUGCUGUCCCUGGGUGGACACAAAGCACCUGUGGUGACAGUUGACUGGUGCUCAGCAUUGGAUUGUGGUACCUGCCUCACAGCCUCUAUGGACGGAAAGAUCAAACUAAGCACGCUCCUUGCACAGAAGUCGUGAUUCAAAUCUUGGCUACUACACAAGGCCACAGGUUAUACAAUAUAUAUUAAGUGGAAUAGACUUAAUAGAUUAAUAAUUUCCUAACAGAGAUUAUUGCAGUCAGUGUUAGUAGUUUCACGAUGCGAUUCAAACCUGUUCAACAUUAGUACAAUAUUAAAGUCCAAAUGGAUUUUCAA